UUGACAAUGUGCGCGACCGCUCCUUCCCAAUCAAUGCAGCAACCUGACCUAGGAAGCUCGCCCGACGGCUGGCGCCCAAACAUUGUUCUCGCCAAUUGCGGCUGACCCAGAAAAUAGGGGAUCCGUGCAGCUAACAAAGGGAGGAUGGGGCGCCAUCCUCAAAAAGGUGGCAAGAUACCCAAGGUACCUUAGUUAGCCCUUAGAGUCCCAGCAAAAGGAAAAGAAGAAGGCAGACACGACGGCGAUGGAAAACGACUCUAAACGGCCGCUGCAGGCCCUUGACAUGUGGCCUGGGCGAGCCACACGGGGCCGGCUGCUCCACGACAUGGAAAAAGCCCAGGAGCUCAUGGUUCCCGAGGCCCUCUUCCGCCGCUGGUGCGAGCGUCUCCGGUUCGUCAUCGACGUGCGAGCAGACCGGUCCGUGGAGCACGCGUUUGAGCUGAUCGAGAGCGCCAACGAGGACGAGGCUCGGGAGCCCUUCAUCGCCAUCUCGUACCGCUGGCCGCCGGCCAACGAGGAGUCGGCCGCUGUCUACCAGAUCCUAGCUCCGGACCCCAAGAGUCCGAAUCCGGGCAGCACCAGACACGUGCGGCCCAUCCGGGCGCCGCCCGACAUCCUAGAGCGGGCCUUCGAGUUCGCCGCCGCCCAGGGCAUCCGCAAGAUCUGGAUCGACCAGGAGUGCAUCCACCAGGACUCGGAUCAGGACAGGGCGCUCGGCGUCCAGAGCAUGCACAUUGUGUACCGCUGGGCGGCGGUGACGCUCGUCAUGCUGGGGCGCCACGUCGUCGACGCGUCCGACAUCAAGGCCGUCCUCCACUUGACCGAUCUGGCGGACCGCGGGCAGAACGCCCUACGCGGCCGCAUCAAGGCGGACUCGUGGUGGUCGCGCGCCUGGACUGCGCAGGAGCUGGGCCUGUCGAGCAACCGGCAGCUUCGGUACCUUGUCGGGUGGCGGCAUGAGCUCGACCCGUCCGGCCGAGCGUGGGAGGCCGUGGCGCAAAAGGAAAACAAGGAGAGCCCGGGCUGCCAGGUCGUGCCGCGGGAGUGGGUGCUGACGGGCGGCCAAAUCUUUGCCGUGGUCCACAUGAUGCCCCUCACGCCGCUGCCGAUCCAGACCGUGUCGGCCACGCUGGCAAGCGGGACCCUCGGCAUCGCGGACGGCGCGGCUGAUGCCGGCGGAGACUUGGACGCAGCAGCACCAGCCAUGUCCUUCUCGACCGCCAUGAGCAUCCUCGAGCAAAAGGAGCUGUUCAUGCUCUCGGACAAGCUGGCGAUCCUGGGCAACCUGGCCGACUACGGGCAGCGCAUCGACAUCGACAAGGCCACGCGGCGCCGGCUCGGGUUCUCGGCCUGUGCGAUGGCGCUCGCGCUCUACAACGGCGACCUCAGCCCGCUCUUCACCUGGGUACCCAAGGCGUCGCUCCCUCGCGAGGGUCGCACCUUCGCCGCCCAGGCCGUCCGGCCUCUGGCGUCGUGGCUACCUGACCGGCGCCUCAGCCUGCAGGCCAUCGCCACGUCCAUGACGCCCAUGGAUCGGUUCCGGGCCAAACCGCUACGGGGCAGUCGGGCAGUCGUGUUGGACGGGAAGCUGGCCGUUGAGGGGCUGGUGUGGGAGGUCGGCCCCUUUGACGCCGCGUCGGGGCUCCGCGGGCUCAGCCAGAAACUGCGAAAAAUCAACACAAAGGGCGGCCGGGUGCGGCUGCUGAUGGAGACGCUUGUCAAGGCGAUCGGCGAGGACGCCAUUGCCGAGAGUGUGCUGCAGGCCGUAGUUGCGCUUGCGAUGCAGCGCCAGCUGACCGGGCCGGAGGAGCUGGCUUUGAUUGUCGAGAAGCUCCGGGAGCCGCAACUGGCGCCUGUGCCUCUGCCGCCUUCCACCACUACCGCCGGGAAACUCGGACAAUGGUGGCGGUGCGGCACUGACAGAAACAGGGACAGGGACAGGGACAUUGCCCGUCAGUGGUCGCGAGCAUUUGCGGGGCGCAGCACCACUACAAUGCAGGGGGCUGGGAGGCGGACAGCGGCGGACGAUGACGACGGACAGUACAGCGAUGCCGUUGUAAAAUUUUGUGAAAAUCUGGCAAACGGCGCGCCGUUUUUGAUCGGGAGGUGUCGUGUGGGCGAGAGCGAGGGCGAGGGCGAGGGCGAGGGCGAGGGGAGAGAGGUGGCUUGCCUCUGCCACGAUUUCAAUUUCGAUUUCCCGGCCGAGAGCAAUAGCGAGAGCGCAGCAGCGCUGGCGGCCGUGUUUUCGCCCCUGUCGUCGCUCGAGUACGAGUUCGGGUCCAACGCGUGGAUGCCCUUGAUGCAGGACGAGCGACACUGGCGCGUGCAAGAAUGGGGGGCCAACCGUUCCCCGGUUCCCGAAUCGACGGUGGAAACGCUGCGCGAGCGGCUGCAGCAGCAUGGGUCCAAGUCCAACAAGUCGUUCCAAUUGUCAGAUGAGGGCUUUACCGUCCUGGGCAACGCCGCCGUCACGCCGAGCCCCAUGCUUUCGAGCGCUGGCCUCAUUACCAGAGACGGGCUCAUCCCAAUCUCCCAAGGUGCCGAGUACCGAUGGUUUCAGUAGCUAAGGGAGGCAAGAAAGGUACUAACAAGGCGUCUUUCGCUCUGGGAUGCGUUGGUACCGGUAACGGGUUACCUGGU